AUGCCCAAACUCCGACAGACCUGCACUCGGUGCUCCAUGCGCCGGCAGAAAUGCGACCGGAAGAGCCCCUGCUCGAGAUGCAUCCAGAACAAGGAAGGCCAUCUCUGUACAACGCAAUGGACCAAUGGCUAUAAUCCAAGCGUUCAUCGUAAAUAUCCAAAGAAGGAACUGGAUGCGCGCCUUCAAGCCCCAGAUCUAAAUUCUCCUGAUCCGAUAGCGCCUCUGAAUCUUUCCCAACAAGGCCAGCCGGGAUGGCCAGAUUCUCCUUUCUCUGGCCAGGAUCUAUCUAUGCAGACUGGACUUACAAAUCCAUGUGUGAGUCGAUGCACUAGGACAGAUGAUUCCAUCCGUGAGCGCUCAUUUUCAAGUGCAUCUUCCAGCGAGAGAGCUCGACCUGGAACACAGGAAACCGCGCCGCCAAGCACACAUCUCGACUUCGUCACUUUUGGACGAUCCGACUUUUCAGAUAUCAGUAUUGGCGCCCUUUUAUCGGCUAAGGAUGCGGACGCUCGAGGCAAGGCAUUGGCGCAUCAAACCCUUAACCAAAGCCAGCCCAGGCGAUUAGAUGAGGACGACCUUACACUUUCAUGUGGUCCAUUCUCAGCCCCCGCUCGUGCCCUUGAAGUCCUCCAACUCCAAUCGCUUCUACCUACCAAGAGCCAAACUCUACAGAUGAUCGAUUACCACGAACAAUUCAUGAUAUACUGGAUGGGAGGGGUUUAUCAUUCUCCAAGCUUUCGAAAGAGCGUGCUAGAAGCCUUUGGUCAUUCUGACGCUCUUGAUCUUCAGACCCAGAAUAUCGAUUGGCGUUGGAUUGGGCUGUUGUUUUCAAUUCUUUCGGCAACAGUUAUAGCUGCUCCGGACGCCUCUACGACAGCCUGGGGUUAUGGGCGCUCUGAAAAGUUACGUCUGACAAAGCAAUGGGCUCACGCCACAAUCUCUUGUCUUUUACUUGGAGACUUCGCGUCGAGGUUCCAUAUUUACUCUGUGCAAGCAAUUCUAAACCUGCAUACAUCAGAGCAUCUAGUCGGAUCUUCCAAAGAAUUCAUGGUUUAUCAAGGUGCUGCCGUUGGAGUGGCUCGAGGGCUUGGCUUACAUAGACUUGGUCCUCACCCAGAAGACAACAUAUCCAGUGGGGCCACCCCCGAACAAAAGGAAGCCCUGAUCCAACGCGAAAUGGGACGAAGGACCUGGUAUGCAAUGGUCUCCCAUGACUGGCUUUGCUCUACCUCAACGGGCCAAUAUAGUAUACAAAAGAAACACUUUACUACAGUCUGGCCGGGCUACUUCGAUGAAGAAUCUAUGACUCCAGUUGGGGAUGACAUACCUACGGUUACCCAGUCCGCCUUACAUCUCCACAAUGUCGCCCGAAGUUUGAUUGAGUUUCACGACGAAAUGCUCGAUGCACCGGAUCUCAUGUCAAAAUACAACGUAGUCCUGAGAAGCGACCAAAAGAUGCGGGCGUUGUGUACCGAAAGAGUUCCAAAAUGCAUGUCCCCUGGCACGCCUUUCAAUCCUUCCUGGCCGCGCUGGGUAGUGUGGGCGAGACGUUUGCAUCAGGCCUCUUUGUAUCACAAGAUCAUUAUGAUUCAUCAAGGUUUCAUGCCUAAGAGCUUCAAAUGUCCUCAAUUUGCUUACAGUCGUUGGGCAUGCAUUGACUCAGCAAAACAAAUCAUAAAGCAUCUGUCCCCCGAGCGGGAAGAGGAAGAACCGCAAUGGUGGGUCGAACAGGCUUUUGUAGUUACCGCCGGCCUCUGUUUCGCUCUUGAUCUCUUCCACCGUUCUGAGAGAGAGCCCGAGACUCAAGAAUACCUAGCACUAGUUGAAAAGGCGAUCCAGCUCCUCCAAAGAUGGCUACCCACGAGCUCACUAGCUGCACACGGCAUCCGCCUUCUUACUUCCUUGCUUAACGAACGGAAUAAGAGAAUAGAAGCCUCGAGACCGAAUCUGCCGUCAUCCGCUACGAUUGAUACAUUCCCAAACAAUAUUUCACCAGCUGCAAUUGCGCAUGCGGCUUCAGAAUCUAGUCCGGCAAAUGCAAUCAUUUCCGACCCCGAAGCUCCCGCGGAUCCGUGGGUUCCUGCUACACAAGAUCUAGAUAUGGUCGACUUUGAAGAAUUCAUGGACACUUUCCCGCUAGAAGCAGGUCUAGACAACAAUAUGUUUCUCGAGAACAUGUUAUCCAUUGCUCAUAGCGAGUUUCUAUAG